CGUCGUUCGAGUCACACCUUUUACAAACCCGCAAUUUCGCCCCCCAUAUUUUCUCGCUUCCCAGCGAUUGCUCUUGAUGCCUGAAUAGCUAUCUUCUUCGUGUCUCGUCAAGUGCUACAUCAGACUUCCGGCCCCCAGUCACCAUGCCGAUGCUCAAGGACCCCUCGGUCAAGUACAAGAAAUUCCAGCCUCUGCAUCUGCCGGACAGGCAAUGGCCCUCGAAAACUCUCUCCGCCCCCCCAAGAUGGCUGUCGACUGAUCUGCGUGAUGGCAACCAGAGUCUGGUGGAUCCCAUGGAUGGCGACCAGAAGUUCGCAUACUUCCAGAUGCUUACCAAGAUGGGCUACAAGGAGAUUGAAGUCUCCUUUCCCUCGGCUUCCGACACAGACUUUGAGUUUACCCGCCGCCUGGUCGAGACGCCGGGCGUAGUGCCCGACGAUGUGUGGCUUCAGGUGCUCUCGCCCUGCAGACCCGAGCUCAUACAGCGCACCGUUGAGUCCCUAAGAGGCGCGAAGAAGGCGAUCCUGCACCUGUAUCUCGCAACGAGCCCGUGCUUCCAAGAGAUCGUGUUUGGCAUGACAAACGAGCAGAGCAAGGCGCUCGCGGUCGAGUGCACGCGCAUGGCGAGGAAGCUGACCAAAGAUGACCCGACCAUGCAGGGCGUUACGGAAUGGGCAUAUGAAUUCUCUCCCGAGACGUUCUCGGACACGAGUCCCGAGUUUGCCGUUGAGAUCUGCAACGCGGUGAAAGAGGCGUGGGAACCCACCGUCGAAAACCCCAUCAUCUUCAACCUGCCUGCGACGGUAGAAAUGAGCACGCCAAAUGUAUAUGCCGAUCAGAUUGAGUACUUUUGCCGCCAUAUUUCAGAGCGAGAGAAGUGCUGCAUUUCCCUGCACCCGCACAACGACCGAGGCUGCGCCGUUGCAGCGGCCGAGCUGGCCCAGAUGGCCGGCGCAGACCGUGUCGAGGGUACGCUCUUUGGGAACGGAGAACGCACGGGCAAUGUCUGUCUGGUAACGCUCGGCCUUAACCUGUACACGCAAGGAAUCCACCCCGGCAUCGACUUCUCGGACAUGAAAUCAAUCAUCGACGUGGUCGAGAGAUCGAACAAGAUUCCCGUGCAUCAACGUCACCCGUACGGUGGCCAGCUGGUCGUUUGCGCGUUCAGUGGCUCGCACCAAGACGCUAUCAAGAAGGGUUUUGCGAAGCGCAAGAAGGAGGGCGCCACGCACGAAUCACCCUGGCAAAUUCCGUAUCUGCCUCUCGACCCGCAGGACAUUGGGCGGACGUACGAGGCCGUCAUCAGAGUCAACUCUCAGUCUGGAAAGGGCGGCGUCGCUUGGAUCAUCCAGCGAGAACUGGAGCUGGAUCUGCCUCGCGGUCUGCAAGUUGCCUUCUCGAAAAUCGUGCAGCGCGAUGCAGACGCUCUUGGUAGAGAGCUGCUUCCGUCAGAGAUUGUCAAGCUCUUCGAGGACGCAUACCACCUCAAGCGCAACCCACGCUUCGAACUCAUCGACUACGACAUCACUGCGGAUCGGUCCGUAAGCCCGGCUCCUCCAGAACCGGGCAAGACCCCCUCGAACCGGAACUUGAGACGUGUGUUCAAGGGCGUCAUCGCGAUCGAUAAUAUCGAGCAUAAAAUCUCCGGCGUGGGUAAUGGCGCUAUCUCGUCUCUGGCGAAUGCGCUGAAGGAGCUUGGCAUUGACCUUGACGUUGCAGAUUACAAAGAGCAUGCUAUCGGCGAAGGACGACAUGUGAAAGCUGCGACAUUCAUCGAGUGUACAGCUGCCGGUUCGAAGCAAAAGGUUUGGGGAGUUGGUAUUCACGAGGAUGUCGUCCAAGCGUCCCUCACCGCGCUGCUGAGCGCUGCUUCAUCGUUCUUGUCGUCACGACCAUCAACACCCAUUCCGUUCCGACCCAAGCGAAGCAACACGAAUUCUCUGUCCAGCGUCGAUCUGAGCCCGCUCAAGCACGAGGUAAACGGCGCACCCGCUUCUGGACCGAAUUCCGCCUCACAGGUGGUGGCCCAUCUGGAGCAGGCUGCCGCUGAGGACAGCAACAAAAAGGAAGGCGGAGCUAAUGGUACGGCUUGAACGAAAAGUCUUCAUUGUUUUUUUUCCCCAACAUUUCAAGUUUCAGUGCUGUUUACCGCGCAUUGUUUGGUGUGUGUGCAUGACCAACAUCGGGUGGGGAAAAGCAUCAUUUAUUUUUUCUUUCUUUUUUUUCAAUUCUCACAUCUGCAUUAGUGGGCAUGGAGAUCUCAAAUUGAUUCAAGAACAAGGAGUCAAUCAGAUUUCAUUCGAAACGCACAAUGAACUUCGCUGGUGCCUUCUGAACACCUUUCUUUUCUUUAUGAGUCACCGCGCACGUUGACAGUGGUUUUGCCAUAGAGAGCGCUUGGCCGUCUUCCGGAUGCAUGGCCAGUGUUGAUCUUUACUGAUCACAUCAUACUACGAGAAACUACGAGAAUCAGAGUCCGGAGAGCGGCUCCUAUGUGGGCCUUUUUAAUUCUUCGCAGAGGAAUGAACCUAUGAUAUAACGAAUAACGGAGGCUAACUCACCUUGGCCCCUUUGUCUUAUAUCACGGGCGACGUUCUUUUCAACGCCUUGAUUACGGACGAUUCCUGCCUUGGGUUUUUUUUUCUUUGAAUGGUAUGAAUCUGGAUUAACCUGCAUAUAGAGGCGCAAUGAAGUCAUCGUUUCU